CAAAGUCGAAGUGUCGGUGUGAACCGAGUUGCCAGCCAGCGAGCCUCCAAGUCGACGCACUCGCGGCACUUCUAUUCGCAUUCCCUUCGUCGAUUUUCAUUUUCUUGGUGACGCGUCGCGCACCACGCGUGCUUCUCCUCUCCGUCGCGUCGUCCAUCGCGCGACGGCCGCCGCUACGCGAUUCGCGCCGAUCGAAAGAGUUGCAAAGACCGCGGGCAAUCGAUCGAACGGACCGAUUCACGGAUCGAUCGAUUCUCGCGGAUACCAAGCGGCGCGGCGGUUCGCGAAACAAGUGCUACGUGUACCCGUCAUGGAAAGUGUCCUUCUCUCUCGUUGAUCGCGUUAUCGAUCCGGCGCCAUUCGUCGCCACGUGUUUUCGGCAACGUGCUUCCGACGAUUUCUCCUACUCUUUUAACACGCGUUGCUACCGUCGAAGAAAUCUGGACGACGAGAUCGAAUUGCGACCACCACGAUAUCGUUACGUAACGCUCGAUGUGAAAGUUGAACUUGAGCAUGGACCGAGACAUAACCAAAUUAUCAGACAAGAAUGUUUAUAAUCAGUGCACACGUUAGAUACUUCGUAUCGAACGGCUACAGACUACACGUCAGCAGCAAGAGGCGAUAAGCUUCCAGCCGGACAAAGUUGCGAUUCGGUGAUCUGUAUCGUCAGCAAAAGAGACUGCACGCGGUGAACACCUGUUCCUUACCAAGUCACCGUCAUUAUUGCAAACGAUACAUCGAGUUUCGAAUUUUUAACUCGGCGAAAGACCAAACGCAGCAUCCGACAAGCUCAUCGACCAGCACCGAGCAGAGUGGCGAGAUGUUUAAAAUGUUGCACAAGACGCAAUCUCGAGGAUAUCAAAGAAAUAAUAUAAUCGUAUAUUCCUUUUUCGAACCUGGCAUAAACAUCGAUAACGUUAAUCAAAUACAAACAUUACGGACACGUGUUUCGCAUCCGGAAGUCUGCAUGGGAGGUCCUGCGUUGCGUCUGUCGAAAACUUCAAUCUGCCACUGACGGACCAUUAUAUCGCUAUGUAUACCGACGACAGUUUCGCCUACCAGGAAUCCUUCAGGAUGGAUCUAGGCAGAGAAACUAGAACGAGGAGUUUCAUCUUUGUUCGUUCAUACGCUAGGUUACAGUAGCUUCGGCUAGACGGAGGUUUCGAUAGGAGAGGAGCCCGGGAGCGAAGAAACGAGAGGUUGCGCUCUCGUAGGAAGAGAGGAACGCGGUGGAGAGACAGCGGCUGAUCAUUGGUGGACAGCAGAGCCGGAUUGCUUAGGUAGUGGGGAAGCGAGCAGGUCGACUCCGCAGGUGGGGAAGGCCAGGAGGCAGAAGGUGGAAAAGGCGGAGGUGGAGGCGAAGUAAUCGUAGUAGUAGUGGCCCGUAGUAGUAGAGUAACACGAAGCAACACGGUCAGGAGAAAGAGGAGAGAGAAAGGGGUGGAAGAAGCGGUGGUGUAAAGGCAGAGGUAGCGGCGGAGCGAAAACCGUGGCACCGAGGGAGAGACGGCAAGAGCAGGGAAAGAGCGAAAGGGUGAGAGGAACGAGAGAGAGAGAGAGAGAGAGAGAGAGAGCGGGGGAGGCGGAGGAAGAGAGAAAAAGAGAUUGGAGGGAGUGUGGAAGGAGAGGGGGAGGAGAGGCAGAGUCGCGAGGGUGGAGGACAAGGUGGUGGAGAAGGAGGAGACGCGGAGGACAGGAGAAGCCUCCACUGUCGGAGGACAGAUCCAACGCACGUCAGGAUCCCAGUCGGACGGACUGACGCUGCCGUCGGAUCACCGAGGAACCGGGGGACCCGGUGUACCGGAACCCGCGUGACGGAAUGGACUCUCUUUGUGCACCCUUCGCAGUGUCCGGCUCGAACCACCACCGAGAAUUCUAUCGUACUAUCAUCGAUCUGAGUGAACCGGGAAAGAAAGAAAAGGGAGAAGCUUGUGGUAUAGACAACGUUUUGAUCGGUUUAAUCGAACGAACUGUUUCUACGAACGAGGAAGGAGGUUGUUGGAUAGAGUGAAAUAAUUGACAGGAUAAAACGAUCGUGCAUAAACUCGCAUGGCUCGGAGGACUGUCAGCGUUCUUACAAUUAGUGUUUUGUUUUUGAAUUCAUCAUCCGCCGUGCAGCGAUGAGAUCCAAGCCGGUGGCUAGAAGAUUGCCACAGGGAAGCAGUGACGAAGGCGAGUCGAUGUCAGGCACGCCGGCCGGUGGAGGUACGGGGGGAACCGGCGAAAAUCAAGAAAUGGAGGAAAACGGUUCGAUUCGUGGCGGCAGCAACUCUGCCAGUAAUCUGGUAUACAGAGAUCUGAAGGCUCUUCACGCGACCAGUGUCCACGACGUGUCUCAGGAUUAUAAUCCGCAAUCGAGGCCUGCUUAUCAAUGUGGCUAUUCGCCCGCCAUGGACAAACAACAUCAGAAUUACGAAAAGGAACAGCACAGACCACCUUCAUCCAGGGACGAGGAGAAAUCUUCGUGGGAAUACGGCGAGAAGGCUGACAGGAAGGAGUAUUUGAGAUCACGAGACGCCGUCUACAGGAACGAAGCGUAUCAGGACGCGACCAAACAGGAACAAAAGGAGCAAUCUAACCGCGAGUGGGUAUCACCGGUACCGGAAGUGGAGGUGGGAGGUUCGGCACCGGGUGGCCCUCAGGUUCGAGCGCGGAAGGACAUUCCACGGGGUGCGAGAUUCGGCCCUUUUCUUGGAAAAUGGGCAAGCGAGCCUUUCAACCCCCGUUACGCGUGGGAGGUUCGUACAGCUGGAAGUGGAGUCAGGGGAUGGUUGGACGCAUCCCACGAAACAAAUAAUUGGUUGAAGUAUGUCCGAAGCACUAGCAGUCCGCACACCGUUAAUAUGCGACACGUGCUUAUUGGUGGACAGAUGGUGUACGAAGCGGUGCGGGAUAUAGCGGCGGGUGAAGAGCUGCUUCUCGGUGUUCGAGAACCUCUUCAACUUCAGGAUAUGCUUGGUGAAAAUACUACCGAGGACAGAAGCGAUCGAGAGACCGCCUCGCAACACAGUGGGACCGUAGACGAAGAUAAAGAAGACGAGGAGGAAGGGGAGACCAGAUGCCCUGUCUGCGACAAACCGUUUCAAGAUAUUGAACUAUUGGACAGUCACCUGAUAACGUGUCACAGAUAUCCAGCGGAACAGCAUCGCUGCGACAAUUGUCCCCGUGCGUACGCCUGGCGACCACUGUUGGUUCGUCAUCGUGCGAUCGUUCACGGUGAUCUCCGCAACUACCCCUGCGAGAACUGUCCGAAGUCGGACAAACCGCAGGUCUUCACGGACCCGUCGAACCUCCAGCGUCACAUCAGGACUCACCACGUGGGCGCGAGAAGCCACGCGUGCACCGAAUGCGGAAAGACGUUCGCCACCAGUUCCGGUCUCAAGCAGCACACUCAUAUCCACAGCAGCGUGAAACCGUUUCAGUGCGAGGUCUGCUUCAAGGCAUACACGCAGUUCUCGAACCUAUGCCGACACAAACGAAUGCACGCUGACUGUCGUAUGCAGAUCAAAUGCGUUAAAUGCGGACAGUCCUUCAGCACGGUCACUUCGUUAUCAAAGCAUAAGCGAUUCUGCGAUUCGACACCGCCGACCGGUCCACCUGGCGCCAUGCCGCAGUUACCAACCCCAGCGCCGAGUCCUUUUCUGGUCUAUCCCAGACCUCCGGUCAGUCUCCCAGGAGGUUUGCCUUUCUACCCACCAAGUUUGAUGGGACCCUAUCCGGGAAUUUUCCCGAACGCUCCUAACUUUUUGAACACUCCGCUCUUGUUCCCGCCAAAAGUUGAGGAAGCUGAGAAAAGGAGCGACAGUCCAAAGAAAGAGCGCUUCACCCCGCCGAGAGUACUGCCGCAGCAUAGUAAAGUAUCUCCAUCCACUGCUGAGGAGGCUACCUCCUCGUUCAGACCAUCUCCAGCUAGGCCACCUGUCCAGCCAACUCCCGAGAGCGACGACGAUCCCUCUAAGAAACGGGAGACCAAUAGAAACAACGAGAAAAAGACGGAUUCUGAACAUGCCCCGGCAACCACGAACGAAGAGACGACGGAUCAACCUUUAGAUCUGAGAGUCCAAACGAAGAAGCAACGAACGAAUUCGAACACCGCAGAGAGAAAGAGUCGUAGCCCGUCACCAACGCCAGCGCCGAUGGAAGAAGCACCACCUCCUCCAGAUCCUCCAAAACCCGAGGAAGAGACGCCCGUGCCAAUGGAGGUCGAUUCCAAGGAUGUGCCCAACAGCCCGCAGCUAAGAACCAGCCUACCCACGGAACAACCACCUACCACCACACCACCGCACAUGGCGUAUCCUAGACCGAUUCACCCGAUGUUGCUGGAGGCCAUGUAUCGCGGACCAACUAGUUCCUUCCCAGGAUUUCCAGGUGGACCACCGCCUCCUGGUAGUGCAACCCCGGAAUCCAGACUGCUACCACCGCUACCGCCCUUCGGACCACCGCGUGGGCUUCCUUUUUUAGGGACAUUUAUGAACGGGCUCAGCGGCGCUAGGCCAGGAGGCGGAGGAUUCGACCUGCUUGCCAGGCCGCCGUUGGGACCGUUCCCCGGCGUGAAGCCGUUCCAAGAGGCCGUGAUCGCGCCCCAUCACCAUCAUCAUCAUCAUCACGCCCACGGCAAAAUGAAAGACCGAUAUUCCUGCAAGUUCUGCGGAAAGGUGUUCCCCCGAUCCGCUAAUUUGACCAGACAUUUGCGUACACAUACCGGUGAACAACCUUACAAAUGCAAGUAUUGCGAGCGGUCCUUCAGCAUCUCCAGUAAUCUUCAGCGGCACGUGAGGAAUAUUCACGACAAACAGAGACCUUUCAAGUGUCCGCUUUGCGAGAGAUGCUUUGGCCAACAGACAAAUUUAGACAGACAUCUGAAGAAACACGAAGCCGACGACGGUAGUGGCGUUGUUUCCGUGGCGGAUUCACCGGGAAGCAGCAACGAAAACGAACGAGAGGACACGUACUUCGACGAAAUCAGAUCGUUCAUGGGAAAAGUGACUUAUGGUGGCGAGGCUGGCUAUGGAUUGCCCCCACACCCGGCCUAUUUACCUAGUCGACUUCACGAGAUGCACGAGUCCAAGAUGGAAACGGAAUACGACGAAGACGAGGAUAGCGAGGAAGGAGUCUCUCCUUUGGAUGAAACGGAUGGCUUGUCACCCGCAGAGGCUAAAGAAUCCACUCCACCACCGCAAUACGAUCUGAAGCUGAGGGAGAAGCAGGAACUGCUCAACAAUAACACGGCCGAGCCUGUCAUUGAGAUUUCCACAUAGCCCAUAGGUCGGAUAGUUUGAAGAAGAUGGAAAUUAAUCGCGGAAAUGCUGUUUUAGUGACGCACAUAGAACUGUUACAAAGGUGUUCGUCUUGAUGUAACUGUUAUAACCGUAGGAAAAUUCGAUCUAUCGUGUUUUCAAGUAACUCGUCGUGAAAAGAGUGUCAGUUUGAGAAUUUCGUCGCUGACACCGUGACUUCUUUGAAGUUGAACUUUCUUCGGGGUACGAUAAGAAGAUGUUAAAGACGCUAAAGAAAAGUGCGUUUAUAAUAAUUCGCAGACAUUUUUGGAUUCGGUGGGCUUUUAUUUUCCAAGUUUCUAUUUUCUUUUCUUUUUGCACCGCAAGAAUGAGAAUGUAAGAGAGAUCGAACGAAAUUCACUGUCCUUUUUCAUACACGAACAAAUACAUAUACACGUACAUACCCACAUAUACACAUAUUCACGUUCGUUACGGACAAGCUGUUCAAUAGCGUAGUUCCUACAGGCUCGUUUUCAUUGUACACGCGCACGUAAUUAAUAAUCGUUCGAACUUUCCCUCUUUUCCCUUCGACGACCUGACUAUCGGUCGCUAAUCGUAGUAUCAUUUACUCAAGUUACUGCAAGUUAUUUUGCGUCGUGCGAAGCUGUCUAACGCGAAAGGCAGAUCCCGAUUCGAGUUUCUAAAUCUCGAUUACCCUCCUUUAAUAGUAUGUAUAUUUACACAAGACGAUCUAAUCGUGCAACGAUUCAAAGAUAUCAGAGUCGGGAGAAGAUUAAGCAUCGACGUUUUUUUCUUUCUAGAGAGUAGUUCGAUGGUUGCAAUUCUCGACGGAAGCGAAUUCAAGGAACCUCGUGGAGCUCGUGCUCGAGUAGGUAGAAAAGUACGUGCGUAUGUCUGGUGUUAGUCGGCUCGAAGCCAAAGCGACGAGGAUGACGAUUAUUGAAGUGAACGUGUAAUUAAAAGAGUAACGUUUUAUGAGAAUCUGUGUACAAAUUUCUAUUAGGUGAUAUAACGUUUGUAAAAAAGAAGAAGAAUACAGAAGUUCUCCGCGAUUUUUAAUAUAUAUAUACAUAUAUAUAUUAAUCUAUAUAUUUAUCUAUAUAUACAUAUACAUAUAUAUAUUUAUAUAUAUAUAUAUAUAUAUAUAUAGAUAGAUAUUAUACAUAUGCAUAUAUUAUAAAUAUGCGAUCUUAUCAAUUUAUUGUGACAUGGGUUACAAGAAGUACUUUAUAGAGACGCAUAAUUGUUACGUUUAUUUCACUGGAUAAUAAAUAAGCGGAUCGCGCGUGUUUUCAUCCUGUUCUCGAUGUUUAAGAAUGAUGCUCGUGAAUGUUCAACGAAACACACAUUUGAAUUUUGUACAGGCGUAGGCGUGUACGGAAUCGCAAAGAGAAAGAAAAAAUAAAGUUAUUUCCCUUCUUUUCUUUUGAUCAUUCCCAGGCAAUGUUUGUGAAUAGCGUUUUGAUAAUGGCGUUGACAACAUAGGAAGUUAUUUUGUUUUUUCACGUAAAAGUUUACGAAUACAUGCUCUACAUAUCUCUUCUUCUCUCAUCCUUUUCUCUAAUAGACGAUAACAAACUUACAGUUUGAUUAAGCAUACUUACGUCGAUCAUACUAAUUAAGAACGAUUAUAUUAUGAAUCUAUCUAUACAUAUUGUAUAAAAGCAUCCUGUAACUUCAUUAUAAUUACUAUUAAAAUAUUACACUUCAAA